ACGGGACCUGCCAAUCAGUUAUCUGCCGUUCGACCAUGGGUAAGCUUGCGUUGUACGGUCUGGACGCCAGUCCCCCAACCCGGGCUUGCCUGCUCACACUGAAGGCGUUGGAGCUGCCCUUUGAGUAUGUUUUCGUGAAUCUCCUUACGAAAGAGAACUUCGCCGAGGACUAUCUGAAGAAGAAUCCCCAGCACACUGUGCCAAUGCUGCAGGACGAUGAUGCCUACCUAUGGGACUCGCAUGCCAUCAUGGCCUACCUCGUGGGAAAGUACGCGGAGACCGACGAUCUUUACCCCAAAGAUCUGCUGCAGCGGGCAGUGGUCGACCAGCGAAUGCACUUCGAGUCGGGGGUCAUCUUCGAGGCGGCCCUGCGUCGCCUCACAAGGCCGGUGCUCUUCUUGGGCGGCACCACCUUGCCUCAGGCGAAUGUAGACUACAUCAACGAGGUCUACGACUUUCUGGAAACGUUUCUGGAGCACGACUUUGUGGCCGGCGAUCACCUGACUAUUGCCGACUUCAGCAUUGUGUCGACCAUCAGUUCGCUCGGCGUCUACUUAGAGCUUGACCCGGUGAAGUAUCCCAAGAUAGCCGCCUGGCUGGAGCGCCUCAAGGAGCUGCCCUACUAUGAGGAGGCCAACGGCAGUGGAGCCGCACAGUUCAUGCAGCUCAUGAAGUCCAAGAACUUCACAGUCGUGCCCUAGACCAAACAUCGGCGAACCCAGACACACACAGAGAGCACGCAGCAAGCGUUAAACCCCUAGUUCGAGCACUCCAACGAGCACCAGAGAAC